CAGACUACAUCUCUGAGCAAGCAGCCAGGUGAUCACGAGUGUAGCUGUUCACGUGUUGUAUGAAGAUGCGGUGACAGCAGCUGGAACUGAGCCCUGACAGCUUUACAGCUUGGACGUCUCCAAAACAGACAAAACAGGACAACAAAGAACCCUGGAUAUCACCGCAUAACACAACACACAGCAGGGAGAGAGGGCUGGGGUUGAGCGACAGGCACCAAGAGAGGACUUAGGGAGGUCCACAGAAUGAGGUGGAGGACAAGUCAGUAGUCAAAAGGAAAAGGAAAAUGGAUGUCAGUGAAGCUGCGAUUUGACUCUCCCUCAGAUGGAGGCCUGAUCCACAGAAGCCGCUCCUUCACUGGAUUCUCUUCUCUGACUGGUCGACAGAGGACGUCUUCUGUUCGUAACUCUCUUCGCGUCAAAGCCAUGACGGGAAAUAAAGCCAGCAGGGCGCCCGUCUCCCCCCGCAGAAGUUCAGGCGCUAUCUGGUCUCUGCAGCCGGAGCAGGUCGGCAGGGUUUUUCAGGCACUACGCAAAGGACUCAAGGACUACCUGGAGGGUCACCAAGCUGAGAUGGACUUCCUGUCUUCACAGCAGAGAGAGACGAAAAGAAACUCGAGACUGGCCUUUCUUUACGAUCUGGAGAAGGAGAUCAGGUCUUUGGAGAGAUAUAUACGACGAUUAGAAUUUCAAAUCAGUAAGGUAGAGGAGCUGUAUGAGACAUAUUGUAUUCAGUGGAGAUUGUGUCAGGGAGCGGUCAACAUGAAGAGAGCCUUUUCACUGUCCCAGUCCACCAGAGCCUCCAGAGAGAGUCUGCUGGAGCUCAACCGCAACCACAGACACAGCCUGCAGGACAUGUCAACAAUGGAAGGAGAGUUAGAAAUCCUGCUAGGAGAGCUAUACAUUAAAAUGAAGGGUCUCAUCGGCUUCGCUCGACUUUGUCCAGGAGACCAGUACGAGGUGUUAGUACGACUGGGCCGCCAGCGAUGGAAGAUCAGAGGGAGGAUUGAAUCAGAUGAUAGUCAGUCAUGGGAUGAGGAGGAGAUGGUCUUCCUCCCACACAUUCACCACAACUUUGAGAUAAAGGUGACGGAAGCAAAGGGUUUGAGCUGGCUGCUGGUUGGCAUGGUAACGUGUGCAAGCGCAGACUUCUUUGUGGCAAGGCCUCAGGUGAUGUUGGUGGACAUCACGGAGUUGGGAACCAUCAAACUGCAGCUGGAAGUGACCUGGAAUCCAUUUGACGGCACUGAGAAGCUGAGGGCGCUGUCUGGAAACAAGCAGUCAGUGUCCAGCAGAAAGAGUUCAGUGUACAGCUGGACGGCACCGAGCACCCCCUCCUUCACUGAGAAAUACUUUAUUUCUAUGGUGCGUGAGCUGCGGGAUCAGGAAGGUUCUCUUCCAUCUCUGGUGCCCAAAGGUCAUCCCAACAGAGGAGGAAUGUCUCUGCUCAGCUACCUCUCCAACCCUUCAAACACCUCUAUCGCAUCAAGCCACAGUCCUCAGAGCCCAUACACCCCGAGUCUCUCAAGGGCUCACAGCUACCCUUUCAGCCCGAGUCGAGACACCAGUCUGGGAGGAAGUCGGACUCAGCUGUCGCUCGGAGAGGAAGAAUCCCUGGAGAUCUCAACAGAGGAGUCGGAGACAAAGAAGAGGGUGGACAAGAAGGUAGACGAGGAGAAGGAGGAAUGGGGAGUUGUGUUAGAGAGUCCAUCCUUACCAGAAGAAAGUAAAACAGACUCCCUUAUGACCUUACAGAGGUCGAGCACUCCAGACAUCCUGAGAAAGAACACAUGUGGAGAAGCAGAGCCUGAGACCCACAGCGUAGCCCCAAGUCAGGACACAGUCACUGGGCAGGACUCCACAGAUUGUGAGGAAUACUCUGUCACAGCCUUGCCAACACCACCUUCUCAAACCCCAGCUGCACCACAAACCUCCCCUGCAGCAGCUGCUCCGAGGCUGGCUGUGAGCGGGGUCCAACGUCAUGCCCAGGCGCUCAGACUGGGAGCCAUUAUUGCAGAGCUGGAGAAAAUAUUACAGGAUCAGAGCUGUGCUGACAAGGAGCUGAGAGCAUUGGAGCACCAGAUACUGCAUCUAGCCACCAUACUGAAGAACGACCUAUCACUGCUGAGAAGCUCAUCAUCAGAGGAGACUCUGGCUGUUGAGGAGGUGCUGGGUAGCUUUGACUUUCUGUCAAACGACCUGAACGGAGAUGAUGACGCCUCUUGUUUGGGAAGCCUGAGACUGAAGGACAGUGGCAUCAGUUCUUUCCAGCAGAGCACGCUGAGGAGUCAUGGAAUUCUCUCUCAAGGCAGCCAGUCGGCUUCUGAGGAAGAGCUAGUCAUCACUCCUCUGACCUCUGGAAACUGGGGUCUUGAUCAAGCUCUGGAGACUCACCUGGAUAUCUGUUGCAUCCUGCUGCAGAUGAUAAGAACGACCGACUUCACCCCGUCUAGAAGGGAGCUGCUGGAGGAAAUGUCUCUCCAGGCUGAGGUCCUGGACAGAAUCAGCUGUCUGCUGCUGGAGAAGAAUGACAACAUCUCUACACGAGACAUCCUUCCUAAGGCCCAGAGAACGAGGGGUCUGCUGUUGUUCUGGGAGGAGUGUGUGCACGGCAACAGCUCUCCUUUCUGUUGCCACAUCGACAGCUUCACAAAGACACUGAAGAAGCGUUACACACACAAGGUGAAGGCCAAGCAGCCCGGCCAAUCAGAGAAAGUGUUUUCUCAGCUCCUGCAGCAGGUUCAGGCGGCCUGCCGGGUGGUGCCCAGCUCUCGGUCAGUCUGCAGCCCAGAGAGAGUCACCCUCUUCCAGCUGUCAGUCUACCUGAAGCGCUGGAAUUUCCAGGAGCUUGGAGAGCACAUCUCCCGCCUCUCAAAAGAAGAGUACAUCCUCUCAGCCCUGAGUAGCCCCAAACGGCGGCGGGCUUUAAAUAAGCUGAGGGGCCGGAAGAUCACAGAGCUACUUCCACUGGGAUGCACCCUGCAGACUCUCGCCUCCCUGCAGAUCGACUCCAACCACAAAGUCUGCAAAGCUGCCACCAACUGCAUCUCCAGAGCUGCUGGUUGCAAGGCCUUCAGGAACAAGGCGGUGCUUUACUACACAGAAAGCCUGAAAAGCAAUUAUAUUAAAAUCCAGCAGAGCUCCUGUUUGGCUCUCAAAUGCCUCCGGGCGACAGAGAGUGUGGACCACAUAGCAGAUUUAUGGAGAUCAACAGAUGAAGAUCUGCGUAGUGCUGCCAGAGAAACUGUCCUCUCCUUUGGUAAAAAGGGAUACCAGGCCUACCAGAGGAUGGACCAGCUAGACACUGAGAUGCAGGAUGAGGCUUACCAGAACCAAGAGACUGAGAUUACGAUUUUUUAGGAAACAGAUCUGGAUCAAAGAAUAGGCACAAAUGUUGUAAUGAUGCUGGCCAAGAGACUAAAACCAAGCCUAUGUCAAAAUGGAGAAAGUUUACAAACCUGUCAGGACGUCGCACCUUCUGGGAAAACAUAAUUUUCUUUUAAGAAUCUGUGGUGCGUGUGCUACGAGAUCUUCCUCAACAACUGCAGAGGAAGAUCUCAUGAUGGAGACUUCAGCUUUCCCUGGAUGGAUCAUUCACUCACUGAUGUUGAUUAAUGACUUCUUAUUUCUCCUGUAUUGUUUUACUCAGAAUUUGAAUUUAUUUUUGUUAGAUAUGUAGAGUUUUUCUUAAAGAAGACGUCAGCUGUAGUCUGACUUUUUUCUAGUGCUGGGAGUUAUUUCACCAACCAGUCGAUAUGACUGUCUUAUUGGGACAUGAAGGAUAAAUAUAAUAUUAUUUUACAUAAUCUUGCAAGCGUGCGUGUGUGUGUGUGUGUGUGUGUGUGUGUGUGUGUG